AUGUCUAACAACAGGACGCGAUCGGUUAGUUUGCUGUUAUAUUGUAGUAGGCUAUGACCUUUGAAUACUUGGACGGAUUCUUACUCAACGUUUUAGAGAUCCCAGAGGUUGAAGGAUGACAAUGCUCCAAAAAGACCUUUGAAUGCCUACAAGAUCUUCUACAAGCAUUAUUAUGAGCAGUUUAAUAGGAAAAAUCCGACAACAGCCAUUGAUGCCAAAACUUUGAUAUCUCAGAUUGGCCGAGCUUGGAGGGGACUGUCGGAAGAAGAGAAACAGGUACUUUAACAGUUCAUGAGCACUCCUUUUUCAGCCCUUCCAAGAAAAGGCUUUGAAAGACAAACAAAGAUACGAAAAAGAAUUUGAGGAUUACAAAAAGUCCGCCGAUUACAAAAAGUUUGUCAGUAAGUUCAUUACUGUAGUUGUGAAGUUGAUUACAUCGAUCGAGAUUCGUUUAUGUUUUCUUUCAGAGAAACAAGAAGCCCAUUUGCCAGACAUUCCAGUUUUCAGUAAAGAAUUUGUGAAGCAUAAUAAAGGCAAGUUUAUAAGGUAAUAUAAGGCGGCGCGUGCGUUCUUCUUUCGGACCUCCCCGUAGCAGGCCCACAAACGAGAAACCCUGAGUUUAGAACGCAUGCGCCGUGUAUAUACAUUUUUGCUUUUUUGGUAUUCAUUUCCAUACACAAUUUCAGACAGGGAAGCCGAACUUCGACAGUUGCGGAAGGAGAUCUCAUCAUUUGAAGACAAAGCGGCUCCCAUUGUUGAUCGAAUUAAUGACAUCCAAGAAGAGAUUGAUGCAUUAAACAAGGACCCCAAAUAUCUGGAGAUCCUCGAGAAAGAGAAGUUGAUGGGAAUCUGGACAAGGAAGUUAAUCCCUGAAUUAGAACGAGCCGGUCUUCUGGAUGAACUUGGCAUUUCUUUCGAGACCUCCCCUGAGGAGCUUAUUGAUGUCAUGGAAUCCGUGCAGCAUGACGGGAGCACUAUGAACAAGCUAAAGAGUGCAUUCAACAAAUUCUAUCUACCUCUGUCCUCCUAA